GCAGCAGCAACAGCCGGUGCCUGGGAGCGGCGGCCCUGAGCGGCGCAGGGACACCGCGGGCGCCACCAUGCAGCACCCGGGCCCUCGCCUGUGGCUGGUGCUUCAGGUGAUGAUGGGCUCCUGCGCCGCCAUCAGCUCCAUGGACUUAGAGCGCCCUGGAGACGGCAAGUGCCAGCCGGUAGAGAUUCCCAUGUGCAAGGACAUCGGCUACAACACCACCCGUAUGCCCAACUUGAUGGGCCACGAGAACCAGCGCGAGGCGGCCAUCCAACUACACGAGUUCGCGCCGCUCGUGGAGUACGGCUGCCACAGCCACCUCCGCUUCUUUCUGUGCUCGCUGUACGCGCCCAUGUGCACCGAGCAGGUCUCCACACCCAUCCCUGCUUGCCGGGUCAUGUGCGAGCAAGCCCGGCUCAAGUGUUCGCCGAUCAUGGAGCAGUUCAAAUUCAAGUGGCCAGACUCCCUGGACUGCAGCAAGCUCCCCAACAAGAACGACCCCAACUACCUGUGCAUGGAAGCACCUAACAACGGCUCGGAGGAGCCCAGCCGGGGAUCUGGCAUGUUCCCUCCGCUCUUCAGGCCCCAGAGGCCCCACAGCGCGCAGGAGCACCCGCUAAAGGACGGGAGUCUUGGGCGCGCAGGCUGUGACAACCCGGGCAAGUUCCACCACGUGGAGAAGAGUGAAUCCUGCGCACCUCUCUGCACUCCAGGGGUGGAUGUGUACUGGAGCCGCGAUGAUAAGCGCUUCGCGGUGGUCUGGCUGGCUAUCUGGUCGGUGCUGUGCUUCUUCUCUAGCGCCUUCACAGUGCUCACCUUCCUCAUCGACCCGUCGCGCUUCAGGUACCCCGAACGCCCCAUCAUCUUCCUUUCCAUGUGCUACUGCGUUUAUUCGGUGGGCUAUAUUAUCCGCCUCUUCGCUGGCGCGGAGAGCAUCGCCUGCGACAGGGACAGUGGACAGCUGUAUGUUAUUCAGGAGGGGCUGGAGAGCACCGGCUGUACCUUAGUCUUCUUGGUACUUUACUACUUUGGUAUGGCCAGCUCUUUAUGGUGGGUGGUCCUCACCCUCACUUGGUUCCUGGCCGCUGGCAAGAAGUGGGGCCAUGAGGCCAUCGAAGCCAACAGCAGCUACUUUCACCUGGCAGCGUGGGCCAUCCCGGCUGUGAAGACCAUCUUGAUCCUGGUGAUGCGCAGGGUGGCAGGGGAUGAGCUCACUGGUGUGUGUUAUGUGGGCAGCAUGGAUGUCAAUGCUCUGACUGGCUUCGUGCUAGUCCCGCUGGCUUGCUACCUAGUCAUCGGCACUUCUUUCAUCCUGUCGGGCUUUGUGGCUUUAUUCCACAUCCGGAGGGUGAUGAAAACGGGUGGGGAGAAUACGGACAAGCUGGAGAAACUCAUGGUCCGCAUAGGGGUCUUCUCCCUCCUCUACACUGUCCCAGCCACCUGUGUGAUUGCCUGCUACUUUUAUGAACGCCUCAACAUGGACUACUGGAAACUGCUGGCCACCCAGCACAAGUGUAAGGUGAACAAUCAGACCAAGACACCAGACUGCUUGAUGACCACCUCCAUCCCUGCUGUGGAGGUCUUCAUGGUCAAAGUGUCCAUGCUUCUGGUAGUGGGCAUCACCAGUGGGGUGUGGGUCUGGACUUCCAAGACCCUGCAGUCCUGGCAACACGUAUGCAGCCGGGGGCUUAAGAGAAAGAGCCGGAGGAAACCGGCAAGUGUGGUCACCACUGCAGGGAUCUACAAAAAAGCCCAGCAUCCCCAAAAACCUCACACCGGGAAGUACGAGCUUCCUGCCCAGCCUUCAGCCUGUGUGUGAAGGUGGCUGGCUGGAAGAACAGGACAGACAGACAGAGCCCAAAUGGGCUGCUUUUCUGGGUUGGCUGGUUGUUGUUUAAAUCACAGCAAAAAAGUAUAUGCAUACAUACGUACA